ACUGCUGAAGUACACGUAUGUACCAUGCAUAAUGUAUAAUAAUGCAGUUAUGUCAAGUUUACACUUAAGAAUUACCUUUGUGAUAGUUAUAGUUUGCAGGAUAUUCAUAGGUGCUGAUGGUUCCGUUACCAUAAGUUCAUCUGCAGCGACUGUUCCGGAGGGGUCAUCACUGACCUUAACAUGCACGUAUACUGGAAUUGUUCAUCUGUUUGCAAUAAGAUGGAUAAACAACGGCAAUAAUUCGACACGAAAAUACGACAUAACAAUCCAACCACAAGAACCAUGUUCAAUAUUUGAGACUGGUCUCAACGAAACUCUAUUCACCUACACCUGUAACACGCUGACUAUUUUAAAUGUGACACGGGAUGAUCAGAACGACAACUUUACGUGUCGAGUAAAUUCCAAUAUAAUAAGUAAAAAUAGUGUGAUCGUCAGUGUGUCAGUGCCAAUAUCAACAGUAGCUUUGACAUCGCCGACUGAUUCAAAUGCCACUGUCAACGCGGGCUCAUUAAAUAAAUUCACGUGUCGUACAUCUGGGGGUCUUCCACAACCAACGGUGGAGUGGUAUAAAACCUCUAGUAGCAGCUGUACCAGGAAUAGCGCCAAGAUUAUAAAUUCCAUAUUCAGUUCUCCGGCUGAAAUCAAUGGUCUUAUACAGGUGGAAAGUUUACUGCUAUUCACAGCAUCCAGUUUGGAUAAUAAUCUCUGGAUUUGCUGCGCGGCAAGUAACAUCAACUCUCAGUGGAAACUGUCAGGAACGAAGCUACUAGACGUAAGAUAUCCUCCACCUAAUCCGCCAGUGAUUGACAACUUCAACACAAUAACGGACUACCAGAUGAUAGAGAAUAGCACCGAACGGCUGACAUGUAGGAGUACUGGCGGAAAUCCUCUUGCCAGCCUUGCGUGGAGCUGUUACAAUGGCACCGAGUCAAACCUUAACAUAAACAACGGUUCAGUCAGUCGUUCUGUACAGUUCACAGCGCGGCGUAACCAAGACAACACGUGUACGUGUACUGCCAUACAUGAGGCGGGACCGUUGCAACAGGCUACAAUGGACGUCAAUAUCAUGUAUCCCCCUUCAAUCCCGGAAUUUAAAGUGAGCGGUACACCAGUGGGCGUCGAGAUCAGCAUAAUUAAAGACAGUGCUCAAACGGUGACGUGUCACAGUUUUGGAAAACCUAACCCAUCAACAAACGAUUUCACAUGGACAAAAGGAAGUGCCGUUGUUAGUUCAAACUCAGUUUUAAGCUGGACCGGCGGAAUCAGAAUUCAGGACGAAGGCAGUUACAAAUGUUUCGUUACAACAACGAUGACACCUUCGGAUACCAGCAAAACUCCAGUUUCAACAGAGGUAUCAUCUGAUGUCACCAUGAAUAUACUAUAUUCGCCACGGUUGCAUCAACUGUCCCGGCUUAACGCCCUGGAAGAUGAAAACAUAACUCUGAAAUGUGAAUACGAGCCAGGUAACCCAACAGAAACAACAGUCGUAAUUGAUCGAUUAAACAAUCGAAUUACCUUGACCGAUGGAACACAUUUCAUUACAUCACUGAAGAGAAGCGAUGCUGGUAUGUACAGUUGCACAGUUCGUAACAUUAUGCAGCCAACGGGACAACAAAAUGGAAUCGUUGGAGAGGAUACUGGAAUGUUCCUGAUUAACGUAUGGUACAAAUCUUCUGUGUCCAAGUUUGGUUUAACCAGUCAUCCCGACGCGAUUAAUGUUACUGUUGAUGAAAACGCAACUCUUAACUUCUACUGUGAAGUUGACAGUAACCCAAACUCCACCAUUAUAUUUGGAAGAUUGGACAGGCUACAGGACAACGCUACUCUGAAAAGGAACGACGGGUUUCUUCAUCUCGCAUUUGUUGUUCAACAAGCUGGCUGUCUUGAUACAGCAAGUUACUAUUGUCUUGGAUAUAACAACUACACAGAGAUUGAAACGGCGCCAAGGAAACAAAUAAACGUUAAUGUUCGAUGUUCACCAAGAACAUCAGGAGGGCAAUGGGAAAGCAAUGUUACAGGGUUCAUUGACGGCAAUGCAACGUUUUCCUUUGAUGUAAUGGCAUAUCCUGUUCCAAACAAAGACGGAUAUGUAUGGCACAAAUGGAAUGGGACUACGUAUUCUCAACUUCACAACAAUAACAAAUACACCAUCAACAAUACUGGUGUUUCUACAACAUUUACCAUCUUUGCUAUUGAGAAAGAAGAUUUUUCGACCUAUCUGCUAACAGUUUCCAAUGGAAUAUAUCCAGACUUCAAAAAAAUAUUUAACUUAAGUCCUCAAGAUGUUCCUCAGUGUCCAACUGGUUUAACAUAUAGUGCAACGACAUCGUCUUCAGCUACUAUUGAGUGGAUUAGUCACUUUAAUGGUGGGCUAAAGCAAACAUUUAUCAUUUUGUACAAAAUGAUUGAAAGUUCGGAAUACUUGGUUCUUACGGCAGAUGAGAUGGAUCAGAAGAUACAGUACGAAAUAAUACUAACAGGAUUAAACGACGGAUCGACGUACAAUGUCAUUUUAUUCUCAAGAAACGAAAAAGGAAACUGUAAACAAAAUACUUCACUCCAAUUCGACACUGAACUACUUGUCGAAUCACCACCUGGAACCAUUGGAUCUAUAGUUGGUGGAACAACUGGAGGGAUAGUGGCAGCGAUUAUUCUGGUGAUAGUUGUGGUCAUUGUUUUGAAACGAAAGUACAACAUUGACUGUAUGUGUCCAAUCAAACUAUCUCGGAAAGAUCUGAAUCAUGAUGCAAACACAGAUAACGGAAUAGAUACACAAGGAGCUGAUACUCGUGGGUACAACGCAACUCAGACCUAUGAAGACAUUUCCAUGGUAACGGAUAAGUCCCCAUACGCUGCUCUGGAUAAUGGCGACAAUGGACUGGACAAUGUGCACGUGUACACGCAAUUGGAUGCGCCUGGUUCAAAGACACAUGUUUCAUACGAAAAUGUCAAAGAUGAUCCCGUGUACAACAACACAGUGCUUAAGAACCCGAUACAGUCGGUGAUUUAGAUAAGUGAUUGGAAGUUAUAAAGCAUGAGGCUGUAUGAUGACGUAAGAAGGAGUGAAAUUUUAGGGGUGUUGUACUUUUUCCUUGCCGAUGAAAUGUUUAAAGUGACACUCUUAUUCAAAAUCAAAACAUACACAUGUAUAACAAACAUAAAUUUUGACUGAUACACCUUUAUAUCCAUUUAGAUAUGUAAUACUAGUAUCCCACCUGGUUAUAACAAGCAUAUAGUGAAUUUUUAUUUAAUAUAAACAUGUUUUGAGAUCUGAGACGAUGGAUUAUAGCUUCCUUCGACGUGUUUUUCGACGUUAUACCCAUUUUUCUUGUAUUUAUUGAACUUUUUUGUACUCGCAAGAUGUCAGCUAUUUGUUUGCGUAACUUCCGCCGUUUUUAGGUCAAGAUCUAUGUAUCUGUAACAAUCAUGUAUAUAGGAACUCAUCCUUUUGAUUUGUGUAUGUAUAUAUUAAGAAUCUGAAUGCUUUGUCCAGAGCCUUUCUUUGCAUCAGUAGCGAUUAUUUUCAAGAUGGCUGCCAUAAAUAUAUUAAAAUGUUCUUUUGUGUGGCGGUCACAGGAUUGCCACUCAAUUUGUUUGCACCGCCAACGUUUAGGGUCAUCAAUUGUGAUGGUAGCGGCGUUCCGUUAAACUAUGGUUGCUGUGCGAGUAUAAAAGCGACACGAUUUUCGUUGGUAGGCAUUCUGAGUCAAUCAUAUGUUUAGAGCAGAACCACAUUACGUUCGAUAAAGUAAUAAGCUGAUUUUAGCUGAACCAAUAACGAUACUAAAAUUUUAGUACGUCUUGGUAAUUAUAUACUCAGCAAGCAUAUAAUUUAAGUGUUCUUGUAUAAUUUUACAUUUAGUCGUAUUUUUACAACAGUUCCGUUUGGACGAUAAGUUAGUUCCGUAUUCCUUAUUCCUUUUUCGAAUAAGUAAUAGGGAACUAGUUCCUUAUUCCUUAUUCAAAAUAAAUACUUUUUUUUUCAAAUUACUAUGUAGAAAAGGUCUGCUUUAAAAGUUUACAGAAGUGCAUUGUCUAUUCAAGAGUGCUUAAAGUGCUAUAAAUACUAUCCAAAUUCCGAGAAACAGAAUUUACGCAAAAUACUCAAUUAGAAAGGGCUUCAUAUGAUAAUGUUGACGAAAUAUCAAUUGUACAUUGAUCUUAUCAAAUAUUUUUAAUAAAUACGUCGUCUUAUUUAGCAGGAUUGAGUGUUCCAAGUACUCCAAGUGCUAAAAGUGCUUUAAAAACGCUUAAAAUACGAAUAAGGAACAGAAUUUACGAAAAAAAAAAUGAAUUUCAAAAUGCUUCAUAUGCUUAUUUUUUGAAGAAAUAUCAAUUGCACAUUGAUCUAAAACUCUCUUGAAUGGACAAUGCAUUUUUGUAAACCUUUUAUGUAGACCACUUCUGCAUAGUAAUUUGAUCAAAAUGUUUCUUACUUCAAAAGUUGAAAACUCACCGUUUCUGUUCCUUAUUCGAUUUUGAAUAAGGACUAGGGAACUAGUUCCUUAUUCAUUAUUCGACUAAUUGUGCUUUAUAAAGUAAUUGAAACUCUCCAUUCCUUUAAAAAAGUUAAUGCAUUUAUUUAAAUUGUUAAAUAAGAUCAAUUUUUUAUAUUUUCGUAAAAAAACGAGCAAAUUAAGCAUUUUGAAAUUGAGUAUUUUUCGUAAAUUCUGUUAAUUAUUCUGAUUUUGGAGCGUUUUUAAAGCACUUGAAGCACUAAAACUCUCUUGAAUAGACAAUGCAUUUCUGUAAACUUUUAUGUAGACCAAUUCUGCAUAGUUAUUUGAAAAAAAUAUGUAUUACUUAAAAAGUUUUUAUUCCUUAUUUGAGUUUGAAUAAGGAAUAGGGAACUUAUUCGAUUUUUUCUAUUUUCGUUCAUUAUUUUAUUCAUGAAAUUGUUUAAUUGUUAUGAAAUUACGAAACACAUAACAAAGAAGUGAUUAUAUGCAUAUCUACAAUUAUUUAUUUUGAUUAAGGAAUAAUGGACUAGUUCCCUAUUUCUUAUUCGUAAAAGGAAUAAGGAAUAAGGGACUAACUAAUUGUCCAUUCGUUAUGGUAGCAUUGAUAUAUAGCACUUACAGAACAUACAUGUAUUGAAGAUAACAAGGAUAUAUAAAAUUUAGUACAUUAUACAUUAUUAUGAUUUUUAUGUAUAAUUAUUAUUACUGUAUGAUCGUUUGUACUCAGUUUGUCUGUUGUUGUACCUUAAUAGAAUAAAACUGUUA